AUGUCCAAGUGCUUCAAGCGGACACGAACGGCUGUGCUGCUGGCGCUGGCUGUGCUGAUGUCAACCUUGGUGGCACAGCCCUCCACCUUCGCGGUCGCGCGGGGCAUUGACCACCCACCCGGCCCGGGUGUGGCGGGCGUCCAGCUUUUCGGAGGAAGGCCACCGCGACGUGGAGCGUUGUCUCGACAUGCAGCUACUUCUGCUGGAAGCGUGCCAGCAAAAUCUUUGCUGCCUAUCUCAUUGUCUGUCUUUGUCCAGAUGCUGGGCGAAGGCAUUGCCAUUUCGACCAUCCCUUUGCACCUCCUGAGCUUUGGGGCAACACCCCUGCAAGUUGGUCUCGCUACAUCCUGCUUCUCUGUGGCUCAGAUGGUUUGUUGCCCUGCUUUGGUAAGUGCCUCCAGCAAGUUUGGACGUCUGCGAGUAUUGAGGACAUGCUUGGCAGGGGCAGCGUUCGCUUCAAUGUUGAUUUCUUUGUCGAGCAAUAUUCCUGGAAUUCUGCUGGGGCGAUUUCUGGCAGGUGCUUUUGGUGCUUCAGUGCCUGUCGCACAGGCAGCCGUCACAGAUAUUGUGUCAGAGGGUGCUGCUACUGCGCUGAGCCGUGUAGCAGCUGCCGCGCAGUUAGGAGUUGUUGUUGGUCCUGCAGCUUCUGCCUUUCUGGCAGCGCUGUUGGGCAAGGCCUUUGGGUGGCCAUCGAGUCUCUGCGUGCGUGGAGUCUUCGGCCUCACUGGCAUAGCUGCUCUGAUGGUCUUGGGCCUAUCAAUGGUUGUUGACCUUGAGCGUCGCUUGUUUGCAGCCAACUGUGCAGUGAGUGGGACAGUCAGUACCUACUGCCUCUUUGCCAAUCGAUGCUUAGGCUACGACCAGCAGAAGCUUAGCUUGGUUUUCUCCACGGGAGCUGCAACAACUGUGCUGACUCAAUUGCUGUUGUUCCCAACAUUGGUCUGGGACCUCAGAGGCCCUCAGGGAACCUGCUUCCUUGGCAUAUGCUGCGUGGCUCUUGGCCUCAGUGGCUUCUCGCUUUGCUGGCUUCAGCCAGGGCACAUGCUUUUCUACCUGCUGGUACGGAUGGGCAGUGGCUGUGCGGACACCUCUACAGCAACUUUGGUGGCUGAAAACUCUAAGCCCAAGGACCGAGCACAAAACCUCGGCUUUAUCACCUCCACUCGCGCAGCUACGCGGAUUGUGACGCCCAUUGUUUCGGCUGAUUUGUUUGAGGCUAGCUUGAACAGCCGUGCAGCCCCUGGUGCAUUGCCAUAUUUGCUGGCCUCCUCGUUGGCUGCUGGACUCAGCCCAGUGCCAUUGAUGCUGCGAGGGAAAAGUUGA